GCAACCCGCUAAUGCACGUCCUCUUCUCCCGUCGGAUUACAGCCGAGGCAGCACGCGAAGGGACGGUUACCGAGCCAUAAAACGUCGAAUAAAACAAAGAUUAGCACCCCAUUCCAGUAACCAGAGUGAGUAGAGAGGAGACCCCUUUAAGAGAGAAAUGGAUCAGUCUUGGCCAAACCGUCAGCAAGGAGGUGUCCCUCAACAUGCUAUACCUAUGGGGGCCUUCAGGCAGGGUAAUAAUCCCACUAUGGAGAGAGCCAUCAGCAGCGGAGACAAGGUCCAGUUUGAGAGGCUGCGGCGACGCACGGGUGUAUCAGAGAGCUCUGGGGCUGAAGAGGAGUGGUUGAACACCUCCAUGGAAGCAAGCAGCUCCUAUGGUCAGAGCCCUACCCUCCACACCAUGCAUGCAGAGGGAAACUUGUACAGCCGCAGCCCCUUUGAGCAUGCCGAAGAGAACUACAAACGCUGGCUUGCCUCUAAUACCAAUGGAGCGCAGUCUGCCUCUCCAAGGAGUCCAACCACCAGAGGCUACAUGACCUUCCAGUCAAGACGCAGCCGCACUCAACAGCAGGAUCAGGGACACCAUGUCACCACUGUGAAAGCCUCUGGUACCCCCCACCGACUAAUCACUAGAGGCCGCAAUCGCACCUCCUCUGAGACCGAGCAGGGGGGCAAAGGCAGCAGGGGUCCGACCCAGAGGAAGAGGGGCUUCUCUGAGACGGAAAGCAGGCCCAGAUGGGACAAUACCAACAUGAGUGGACUGCAGUGCCUCGCCUCCGAGAACAUCUGGUUCGACAAGCACCGCUAUGAUGAGGCAGAGAGGCGCUUCUACGAGGGAGUUAAUGGACCAUCUCAACAGGUGAAAUCAACCCUGCAGCACGCCAAAGGGCGCCAGCAGAAACGGCAGCACAGAAACUCAUCCUCACAUGCAGGAGGAGACCAGGAGCUGGUUUCACGCAUGAAGAGCAUGGAACUGGAGAACCAGACUCUGCACAAAGUGGUUGCAGAGAUGAGGGCAGCCCUGCUGAAGCUGGAGUCCAGAGUGGCUGUGCUGGAGAAGAACCCAGCAGCUGUCCCAUGUGCUAAGGCUGUUACAGUCCAGGCUGCUCCAGCCAAACAGGUAAAGGUCGAAAAUGGUGGUGAUGACGAAGACGACGACAUUGACUUGUUCGGCAGUGAUGAGGAAGACGAGGAGGCAGCACGCAUCAAGCAGGAGCGCCUGGAUGCUUAUGCAGCCAAGAAGUCCAAGAAACCUGCCCUCAUCGCCAAGUCAUCUAUCCUGUUGGAUGUUAAGCCCUGGGAUGAUGAGACUGAUAUGGCGAAGCUGGAGGAGUGUGUGCGCUCAGUGCAGAUGGACGGGCUCCUGUGGGGAGCAUCCAAACUGGUGCCAGUGGGCUACGGCAUCAAGAAGCUGCAAAUCAACUGUGUGGUUGAGGACGACAAAGUAGGCACUGACAUCCUCGAAGAGGAGAUCACUAAGUUUGAAGACUAUGUCCAGAGUGUCGAUGUCGCCGCCUUCAACAAGAUCUAAGCUCCACCAGCUGUUAACUAGCUCCACCAAAGUGUUUCUGCUGCUCCAGGCUUGCACGGUUAUUAAAAUGCUGCAUUUUGAGCACAA